CACACGUAUUCUUCAGUGUGGUGGGUUCGUACAGUUUGGUAGGGUGUGUGGCAUUCUUGCGGUGAGUCGGGCGUUAGGGGACUAUGAAUUUAAAUUCAACGGCAAUAGGUUUAUUGCAAAUCGGGAACUGAUGGUGUCAAAUGUGGCAGAUGUACGACAAAUCAACUUAACAGACUCUAGUAAUUUUCUUUUGAUGGCCUGUGAUGGUCUGUGGGAUGUCGUAGAAAACGAGGAGGCCACACAAUUUGUUCGGGACUUCUUAAGCUACACGCCAGAUGUGGGUUCAUCCCCGGAGGCUACGAAGCGUGCGCUUAACAACUGUUGCCAGAAACUUGCCGAGUUUGCCGUGGAUCGUGGGAGCACGGACAAUGUCUCCGUGAUGUUGCUAUUUUUCCAUGAUGUAGCAGAUGUUGUGGCUGGGUUUGACAAGCCAGUGGGGGCGGUCGUUUCACCUCCGGCAAGUCAAGUAUUGUCACCACGACUCACUGGCCCAAGUCGCGGCAUCCCAUUUGGUAGCUCCAUGCUUGACGGGGGUCUGCACACGAGCAGUGGGACAUCAGGAACGAGGCGUCCAUCGUUUGGCUCCGUCUCCUCACUGCACGGCCGCGGUCGCUCUAUCUGGUAA